UGGUGGGUGGAGGUUGCGGGCCUCCGCGUUGAGGGAGCGCAGCCGGGCCGUGAGGCGGCGGCGGCGGCCGGUAACGAUGUCCAAGUCUUCAACGGCGUCAAAAAUGUCAUCCCAAGAGGAAAUACUGAGCGAUGGGCGGUUUAGUUGUGUUACUAGGGAUCCCAGAUUUUGGGAGAUGCCCGAAAAAGAACGUAAAAUCAAGAUCGACAAACGAUUCCGAGCUAUGUUUCAUGACAAGAAGUUUAAGCUGAAAUAUACAGUGGACAAAAGAGGUCGCCCUGUUAACUAUACUUCUACAGAGAACCUCAGGAAAUUUUAUGCCUUGUCAGAGUCUGACUCUGAUGUUUCAGAAAGUGAUAGUAAAGAACAUACUGGAAAAAAAAAAAAGAAAAAAAAAGCUAAACCUAAAGGAGAGGCAGAUUCUGCAAAACUACUAGCCGAAGGCCUUCCUAGGGAGGAGAGCAAAAUAAACAAACAAGCAGUGGACCAAACAUGUGGAGCCGUGACAAAACUAGAUGACCUUAAAAAUGAAGGACAAGAAAUGUGUAAAUUGAACUUGAAAGAGGACUCUAAGAAAACUGCAACAGAAAUUGACCACUCUCGUGGAAGCAAGGGCCUUUUACACAAAGGGGAAAACAAGCAAGGAGAUGCAUCAGGAGGAAGAUCAAUUUCAAUUCAAAACAAGCAAAAGUCUUCACAACCAAGUGGUACUCAAUUAGUUAAAGCUCCCAGGAGGGACCACUCCCUAGGAGGAAAAAUAAAGGAAUCAGUGACUGUGUGCACAGACACCUGUGAUCAAAGUGACCUCAGUAAAAGGCAAUCGGAGGAAGAAAUUUCUGCAAGUGAUCCUUCUGAGUAUGCAGAAUUAGAAGAGGAGGAGCCAGAAGAUGAUGGGGAAACAGGCGAGGAAGAGGAGCCAGAAGAUGAUGCAGAAACAGGCGAAGAAGAUAGUGAUUCAGAAGAUGAUGAAGAAAGUGAUAGUGGGCCUGAUCUAGCUAGAGGCAUAGGGAACAUUGAAACGAGCUCAGAGGAUGAUGAGGAUUUAAAUGAACUAUUUCCCAAGGAGCCAGAGAUAGAGCAUUCGUGGCGUGAGCUAGAUAAAGAUGCCCCUCGUGGAGAUGAGAUUACAAGUAGAUUGGCAGUUUGUAAUAUGGAUUGGGAUAGGUUGAAGGCUAAGGAUUUGUUGGCUUUAUUAAAUUCUUUCACGCCCAAAGGAGGAACGAUAUUUUCUGUUAAGAUUUAUCCUUCAGAGUUUGGAAAAGAGAGAUUGAAAGAGGAAGAACAAAAAGGACCUGUGGAACUAUUCGAUCUUCCAGAGAGUACCACAGAGAAUGACGGGCUUUAUAGGGAAAAACUGCGGGAGUAUCAAUUUAAGCGACUGAAAUACUUCUAUGCAGUUGUAGAAUGUGAUUCUCCUGAAACAGCCAAUAAAAUUUAUGAGGAAUGUGAUGGACUGGAAUUUGAAAGUAGCUGUUCUUUUAUAGACCUGAGAUUUAUUCCAGAUAACGUUACAUUUGAUGAUAAGCCAAAAGAUGAAGCUUCAGAAGUGAACAUAGCUGUAUACAAGCCAAAGUACUUCACAUCUGCCGCUAUGGGAACAUCAAAGGUAGAUAUCACAUGGGAUGAGACAGAUCAUGAACGAGUAAUGUCACUUAGCAGAACUUUUAAAAAAGAGGAACUUCUUGACAUGGAUUUUCAAGCUUAUUUGGCUUCUUCUAGUGAAGAAGAGGAAGAACAGCAGCAAGGUGGUGAUGUAGCUCAUGAAAUGGAAGAUGACAAACCCAGGAAAAGCCAGAAAGGUGAUGAAGAGCAAAUUGCCAAGUACAGAGAACUUUUGCAAAGUAUCCAAGAAAAAGAGAAAAAACAGGAAGAAAAGGAUAUAGGAAUGGAGAUUAAAUGGGUUCCAGGCCUCAAAGAAACUGCUGAAGAAAUGGUCAAAAACAGGUUGGAAGGAAAGGAUAACCUAACUCCAUGGCAAAAAUAUCUAGAGAAGAAGAAGGAAAAAAGAAUUCUUAAAAAAAAGAGAAAGGCUACUGCUGAGACAGAACAGAGUGAGGAUGAACUUCCAUCUGAUGUUGAUCUCAACGACCCGUAUUUUGCCAAAGAACUUGAGAAAACAGGUUUAAAGAAGAAGCCAGAAUUGGCUGAAAGUACCUCAGAAGAUGAAGAUGAAGUUGAAAAACAGAAGGCUGAAAUGGCCCUACUUAUGACGGAUGAUGAGGAUGACACCAGAAAACAUUUUAAUUAUAAGAAGAUUGUAGAACAACAGAAUUUGAGCAAGAAGAAGAAGAAACUUCUAAUGAAAAAGAAAGAAUUACUAGAAGAUGAUUUCCAGGUAAAUGUUGCUGAUACAAGAUUCCAAGCCAUGUUUACUUCUCCCCUGUUUAAUUUGGAUCCUUCAGAUCCAAAUUUCAAGAAGACAAAAGCAGUAGAAAAGAUCUUGGAAGAGAAAGCUCGCCGAAGAGAAGAAAAGGAGCAAGAUCUUAAGGAGGCAAGCAAGGGACAGGAGAACAAUAUGGCAAAGAAAGGAGGGGUUGCUAAGAAAGCCAUAGAUCCUACCCUAUCAAUGCUAAUAAAAUCUGUCAAAAAUAAAACCGAAGAGUUUCAGGCAAGGAAAAAGCAGAAAUUCAAAUAACUGAACUUUAUUUUUACUCAGACUUUAGUCUCAGUUCUUCUAACUGGCGACAUCUAUUAAAGUUACUACAGCCUGCUGUGAUUCCUAUCCACCUAAAAUUUCCCCAAAAAGUCACUUAAUUAUGGUGGUGAGUUUUGAAGUGACUAGAGUAAUAAUCACUCUUUUCUUCUGCCACAACAAAUACUGUUUUGUACUACUAUUGAAAAACUACACCUUGAAAACAUGUAAGUAAGGAAUUGAUGGGUUUGGGGCGGUUUGUUUUGUCUCAUGCCAUCUCUUAAAGAUAACAGAAAUGCUGAAGAUGGUUACAAAAAGUAGUCAUAAAUAUAGUUGUAUUUAUAAAUAAGAAAAACACUUCAGCAGAGGUUUGUUGCUGAAAAUAAAUGGUCUUAAUGUUUUUAAUUCCACAGAAGUCUGUAAAACAUAUCUCUGUUGAUAAAGAAGGUAGUAAUAUACCUACAAAUUGAAGAAAUUUUGUAUACAGGUUUUUUCUAUAUUUUUUAAAGAUUACAUAUAUGGUUCAUUAAUUUCUCCUUUAAAUACUUGAAGACUUCCUGGAUAUCUUUCUGGAAUGGAAAUACUGCCAUUUAGAAGUGUUUCAUUAAUAUAUAUUGGAAAUAAAUGGUUUAAAUUGUCCCAGAGGAA